AUGGCCUCAACAAGAAUACCAGCGCUUCGAAACCUAUUCGGCAGCCAACUGCGCUCCCUGCGCGCCUCCAACCAGCGCCGCUGGGCACAGGUCCAUGAUGUGCGAUUCCUCGCGACCACACAGGCGUCCCGCAACGUCCUCGAGAAGUACCGCAACAAGCUCGACACAAAGGCCCGCGAGGAGGGCCAUGCAGACAUUCAGGACCUGAAGAAGGCAUAUGCCGACAAAAUUCAAGAGAUUCGAAAGAAGGAUGCCACAAUACCGGGCAUCCCUCCCCUGGACGAGCCACCAGCUCCCACCAAUCCUACCAGCGCCGACACCACCACCACUCCUCCCCGAGCCCAAUUAACCCCCGAGGCCGCCGCGGCGCACCAGACAGCACAUCCCACGAGCUACCCCACAAACUCAGGCGUCAAGAGCCUCGACCAGAUCCUGGACCUCCCCAAGGCGCGCGAGCUCCCCGUGCCGGAGCUGACGGCGAUCUGGCGGCUUCGGCACGCGAGCAGCCCGCAGGCGCUGUGCGCGGUGGUGCCGCAGCACACGUACGAGGCGAUGGAGGCCGAGGCCCGCCGGCACCCGCAGUUCGUGCUGCCGCUGCCGCACCCGGAGCAGGGGGCCGAGAUGCACUUCCUGCAGUGGACGUUCGACCCGGCCACGCGGACGAGCACGGUUCUCUUCACGCAGCUGGCCGAGUACAAGGCGCGCGGGGAGUUCGCGGUGCCGCACACCACCGUCACGCACCACCUGGACCUCGUCGCCGACAAGCGCGUCGUGCUCAUGCAGGGCAGCGUCGUGGCGGACCGCGGGGUCAAGCCCGACGACGCGAGGUGGCUGGUCAUGUGCCUGCAGCGGUUCUACGGCGGGUGGGACGGCGAGAAGAACGACGCGCUGGGGAAGGAGAGGGCCGAGGAGAGGAAGAAGCUGCUCGAGUGGUUCGGGAAGGGCGACUCUAGGUUCAGCGUUGAGAAGUUGCUGGAGGAGGCGGAAAGAUUGGUUUGA